AUGGCAGCUUAUUUCUCCAUGGCCCGUGCCGUUGGGCCAAGGAAGAGAUGGAGCAGAGCUCUCCUUUUCAAGCUUCGGAACCGGGUGAGCUACCCUAAGCUGGUGAAGAAAAAGAAGAGGGUUAGUGUGAGGAGUAACAAGCAGGUUUCCAGAUCAGAGAGUUCAGUUCAUAUCGACAGAGGCGACAAGCUUCGAAAGCUAGUUCCAGGGGGUAAAUCCAUGGAUUUCUGCAGCUUAUUGGAGGAAACUGCUCAUUACAUAACAUGCCUUAACACACAGCUCUCAGCUUUAUCAAAUUCUAAGAAGUGGGUUUUCUGUGCAACGGUUCAGAAUCAUAAGCUCUGUGUUGAAGAAGGCAGAGAAGAAAAGCAAGAGUCUUGGUUGAUGAUGGAGGUUUCUGGCAAGAAAAAGAUCAAGCCUGAACCUUCCAAUGAGGAUUUUUACGAAGACAAGGUGAAGAGGAUUCCUGAAUCAUUUCAAUCGGAUUCUAUACGGGAGUUCUGUUUUCAAAGAGCAACUCUAAUAUUUUGCACCGCAUCUAGUUCGUAUAAGCUGCACAGAGUGGCAAUGCAGCCACUAAGCAUUGUUGUUAUUGACGAGGCUGCACAACUAACCAAGUGUGAGUCAACAAUAUCCCUGCAACUUCCAGGUGUGAAGCAUGCUGUUCUUGCUGGUGACGAAUGUCAGUUACCAGCUACGGUAACAAGCAAUGUUUAUGCUGAAGCUGGUUUUGCAAGAAGUUCGUUUGAGAGGAUCCUGGAUGCUCCAAAUGUAAAACGAAGAAGCCACGAGAAGCACUAUCUUCCAGGAGCAAUGUUUGGUCUGCGUUCUUUUAUAAAUGUGAUUGGUGGAAGAGAGGAGAAAGAUGAGGAUGGUCAUAGUCAGAAGAAUAUGGUGGAGGUUGCUAAUAUUUCAAAAAUGCUGCUGAAUCUGUACAAAGGAUGGGUUGAAUUGAAACAGAGACUCAGUAUUGGUAUAGUUUCUCCCUAUGCUGCUCAAGUAGUCACAAUCCAGGACAGAGUGGGUGAGAAAUAUAAUAAGCUUGAUGGCUUUGUAGUGAAGUCAUUCAAGAAACUGACACUGGUCUGCUUGCAGAAGUCAGUGCCACAUCUUCUACUGAAUCUUUCCAGUGGUUGGAGACCUAAGAAGCAAAAUUUUGAGACUGUUUGUGGUAGCUCUUCCAUGAUCUUGAAGAAGUUUAAGGUUGAAGGGCUAUACUCUGUUUGCACUAACGAUACUGCAAAGGACUUGCACUAUGUUCAAGUAUUAAACAUCUGGGACAUCUUAUUUCUGGAGGAUAUUCCAAAGUUGAUAAACCGCCUGGAUAGUAUUUUCAUCCAAUAUACUGAUGACUUUAUCAAUCUUUGGAAGGAGAAAUGUCUUGAUGGUGAUCUAGAGGUUCCAAAAAGCUGGCCACCCUCGUUGCAAUAUUCCCAGUUUAAGGAUGUUAACAUCAAUGAAGCUCAGAGUGAUUUUGUUGGUGACACUUCUGAUUGUAGAAGCUAUGUUGAGCAUAUUCCAAAGUUGAUGAACUGCCGGGAUAGUAUUUUCCACAGAUAUACUGAUGACUUUAUUAGUCUUUGCAAGGAGAAAUGUCUUGAUGGUGAUCUAGAGGUUCCAAAAAGCUGGCUACCCUUGUUGCAAUAUUCCCAGUUUAAGGAUCUUAACAUCAGUGAAGCUCAGAGUGAUUUUGUCGGUGACACUUCUGAUUGUAGAAGCUAUGUUGAGCAUGUAACAAGCACCGAGAUUCCCAAAUAUUUUAAGGGUUUGUGGCAUGGAACCACAAUUCUGUGGGUUCGGCUUUCGGCAACUGAGCUAAUAAUUGGAGUUGAUUCGCUGACGACUACUACAUAUAUAGAGGAUGACCCAAAUGACCCAAAUAACAGGAGGAAGUAUGAGAUUAUGUGGAGUGAAGUUGAAGAUAAAUUUAUAGAAAUCAUUCCAAAAGUCUAUGCAACACUUAGUGGUGAUGGGGAGAGGUGCUUGAAGAUGGUUGAGCAUGUUCGUGAUAAAAUGAAGGGACACAGAGACGAUGGAGUCACACCUAUUCUUGGAUUGGUUGGCUUGGCUGCCACUGAAUACUUUCGUCAAAUCUGUCCUUUUAACCCUGAUAAAGAUAAACUCUCCACUGUCUUCUUAUGUGCUUGGAUUUCUCAAUUAAAGGAGUAUCAUGUUAUUGUGGUGGCGGAUGUGCAUGAAGCUCCGCUCCUAAUAGAAGAGACAGUUUUCGGCAGUGGAAGUGGUUUCAGCCAAGCUGUAUCUGAGUUAAGAGAGUUAACAACACCAAUAGACGUACCUGUUGUAAAGGACAAAAUGAUAAGAGCAGAAUGCAGAGAUCCUCACACUGGUGGACGUAUUCAAGUCAUUUCUUUGAAGGAUGAGAGAUCCGUGUUGGAGUAUCAAGGAUAUUUGUUGGACGAGCUUGAUAACCCUGUUUAUGCAGACAUAGUUUUUGAUAACAGAAAUAUGUUUGUUGUCAUUCGUAAGAGAGAUGAAAAAUUCUUGAAUUCGAUAGACUUGGCGAGAGACCUAAAAAGAUUUGACACCAAUAUUGCAAGAGAUCAAAUCCACUGGUUAUUCCGUGGGAAGACAUUUCUGGUGUACCUUGUUAAACUCUCAUCAUCAGAUUGUUGUGAUAGCUGGUACACUUCUUGUAUGGAUUACAAAAAGCCUUUCCGGUGUCAGCCAUAUUACAAAGAAGACCGUUCUAAAACUGACUAUUAUUACCUCACAUAUGCUAGUCGUAAGAUACUUGAUCGAGCACGGAGCAUGAAGAUCAUUGAUGAUUUGGUAGACCCUUAG